CAUAAACAUAUUUAUUUAUUAUCACUCCGCCGUUUUUAAAAAAAUACACUAUAGAGUAGAGCAUUCUAAAAAUGGAUCCUGAAAAAGAGGAGUAUCAAUUACAGCAUUUUACAUUUUGUUCUGAAGAUAUUAUCGCCGAAAACCGCUUGAUGGUGAAGUCCCUAAUUCAACAGUCGUUGGUCGAUUUUACAGACGAGUUCGUCAAGAAGCAUAACGUUCCAGAUCAAACCGCGCUGGAACUGCGCGCCAAAUGUUACGGCACUGCCAGUAAAAUGUUCUCCGAAUGCGAAGGGCAGCUUAAAGAACUGAGUGAUCUUUAUCGAACUACUUUCACGAUUCCGGAUAAUGUGCUACUUCCUUCAGACCUUAUGCAGAAAAAGAAUUACACAGCUGAACAGGUCCAGGAGCUACAGACAAAGGUUACGGAAUUGGACAAACAGUUUCGGCAAGAUGGUGUAUUUCUUGCAUUGCUGGAAGAAGAAAUAAAGGUUCACGAACGGUUGGCUCCCUGCCUAGAGAGCGAAGCUGUGCUGAUGGAUUUAGUGGAUCAGUACCGGCGAGAAGAAAUUGUUCCGGCCGAGGAUGUCGAUUUGGUGCAGGAGUUGGCGGAAGUAAUGCAAAAUGUUCUCGAAUUAUGAUUAUUUUCGUUUGUGUAUUUAAGCAAAUGUACUCUAUGCAUUCCUCUGGAGUUUUCUGUACGGAUAGCUAAAUGCAAGCUUCUGUGUUUUAUGCGUAGCAUAAUUAAAAAUAAUACUACAAUUAAGUUUCUAUAAAA